UGCUCUCAUGUAGAGCAGCAGCCAUUCAUGUUGUUGGACUACUGCUGUCGUUGUUUUGGAUUCACACUCAUCAAACGCCAUGGACCCCUCUCCCUCAAGACCACACCCAGUGAUACCUGGGUCGUCCUGCAGAAUCUGUUGAUGUGCAUGGCGUGCUUCUACUCUCUGUACUACGUCGUGGUCAGUCUCUGCAUAGGACUGCUCAGGGUUCAUGAGAUCAACAGCUUAUUGGCUCCCUUUGACUACACAACACAACCGUCAUGGCAGAGCCCCAAAUACCUCGUCGGUGUUAUCUCCACAGAAGUGACCUAUAUUUUGGGAGGCCUGGUAUUCGCAUGGAUUGUAGAGGAGUGGGUUUGGGAUUAUGCCAUAACUGUCACACUGCUGCAUGUCGCGAUGACGGUAGCAGUGAUGUCAGACUUCCCUUCGGCUGAGCACUGGUGGAUAGCUCUGGGUUCAGGCCUGGUGAUGAUGAUAUUUGCAGGACAGUUCACAGCCUAUAAACUCUUCAGGAGCAACUUUGUCUACCCAGCUGAACUGCAGAACUUCUAAUGAACACAAUGAGGAAAGCUUUUAAAUGGCUUACUGCUUAAUCUCAGCUCCUGAUACAUUCCAGUGGGUAAACUGAUCAAAGAUUUGUGCUAUGUUUAUGUUAACAUUAGCAAGAGCAACUACGGUAUAUCUAUCGAGAAUAUAAAGCAACCACAAAUAACAUAUCUCUUUCUCUGCUAAAUAACUUUGUUUAUAGCCAAUAGUCACAUCCCUCCUUGUACAAAUGGCCCAACUUUGUCUGUUUUCUAAAGCAUAUUCUGUACAGUUUAAAUAUUGUUUUGUAUUGUUUCUUUACAUACCUCCUACUAUAAUAUUAUCAUAAGAAAUGACACCUGUAGCAUUCUGUAAAAAAUAUGACCAAGGUACAAAAAAAUCGAAUGACUUAGUUAAUUUAGCAGUUUUCAUUUUUGUGUUAUAUUCAUGUGUCAUAUGCCAGAUUUUUUGAGUGUAGGUUUAUAGUGUUUUAUGCUGAUAAUAAAAAGUAUUACCUGUAUUGAAAUGAUGAUUGUAUACUACAUAACAUUGGAUUUACA